AUGGCAGUAAGAGUUCAGUUUGAAAACAGUAACGAAGUUGGAGUAUUCUCAAAGUUGACUAAUUCCUAUUGCUUGGUAGCAAUAGGAGGAAGUGAAAAUUUUUACAGUGUUUUUGAGGCUGAGUUAGGUGAAAAUAUUCCAGUUAUCCACGCAUCAGUCGCUGGUUGCCGAAUUAUUGGGCGUCUAACUGUUGGUAACAAGAAUGGACUGCUAGUCCCAAGCUCCACAAGUGACAAUGAGCUCCAGCACAUCAGAAAUUCGCUACCGGAUUCGGUGAAAGUUCAGAGAGUCGAAGAGAGACUGUCGGCACUUGGAAAUGUUGUCGCCUGCAAUGACUACGUUGCAUUAGUCCAUCCGGAUCUUGAUCGGGAAACUGAGGAAAUUUUAGCAGAUACACUAAAUGUAGAAGUUUUCCGUCAAACAAUUGCCAGCAAUGUUUUAGUGGGGUCAUAUUCGAUUUUAUCCAACCAAGGUGGAAUAGUUCAUCCUAAAACUUCUAUUCAAGAUCAAGAUGAAUUAUCAGGAAGUGAAGUUAUAGCAGCAGGUAUGGUCGUUAACGAUUGGGCCAGUUUCUGUGGAAUGGACACAACUGGUACUGAAAUUUCAGUAAUUGAAAGUGUGUUCAAGCUAAACGAGUCGACACCAUCAGCCAUCACUUCAACGAUGAGAGCAUCGCUGAUCGAGAGCAUGUCUUAA